AUGGAUACCAAUAUGGAAGAUGUUAGCAGGGCACCAGAUCCACCAAAGUUCUCGCCUGUGUCAGAACCGGCCACAAUACCUACUCUUGAUGGUUGGAUCGAGAGCCUCAUGCAGUGCAAGCAAUUGGCUGAGGUUGACGUGCAAAGGCUCUGCGAGAAGGCAAGAGAGGUGCUUCAGGACGAGUCGAAUGUACAACCAGUGAAAUGUCCCGUUACAGUCUGCGGAGAUAUCCACGGUCAAUUCCAUGACCUGAUGGAACUUUUCAGAAUUGGUGGACCCAACCCAGAUACCAACUACCUUUUCAUGGGUGAUUAUGUCGACCGAGGAUACUAUUCUGUUGAGACUGUCACUCUUCUGGUAGCCUUAAAAAUCCGAUACCCUCAACGCAUUACGAUUCUUCGCGGUAACCAUGAAUCUCGGCAAAUUACUCAAGUCUAUGGCUUCUACGACGAAUGCCUGCGAAAAUAUGGAAACGCAAAUGUAUGGAAAUACUUUACCGAUUUAUUCGAUUAUCUUCCUCUCACCGCGCUUAUCGACAAUCAAAUUUUCUGCCUCCACGGGGGUCUAUCCCCAAGUAUUGACACCCUCGAUAAUAUCAGAGCUCUCGACCGUAUUCAAGAAGUUCCGCACGAGGGUCCAAUGUGCGAUUUGUUAUGGUCUGAUCCCGAUGACAGAUGUGGUUGGGGCAUAUCUCCUCGAGGUGCUGGAUAUACGUUUGGACAGGAUAUCUCUGAGGCGUUUAACCACAACAACGGGUUGACACUGGUUGCCAGAGCCCAUCAGUUGGUCAUGGAGGGUUAUAAUUGGUCUCAGGAUCGGAAUGUAGUCACAAUCUUCUCUGCUCCCAACUACUGCUAUAGGUGUGGUAACCAAGCCGCCAUUAUGGAGAUUGAUGAACAUCUGAAAUAUACCUUCCUGCAAUUUGACCCCUGCCCAAGAGCAGGCGAGCCGAUGGUUUCACGACGUACACCCGAUUACUUCCUUUAG